GUCUGCGCACCCGCUCCGGGACCCAGCUCGCGCUCCGAGGGGGCGGCCCCGGGGGGUCAGGGCGGGGGUUUGCGGGGGCGGGGCCGGGGGCGGGGCCGGGCCGGGGACUGGGGCCCCAGUCGCUCAGCCGGCGCGCGGCGCACCCAGCCAGUCCGUCCGCCCGUCAGGCCGCCCGGCUCCCCGUCCUGCCUCAUGCUGGCGCCCCCGGCCCCAGACGCCGCGGCCCCUCGCUCCCAGGCAGAGGCCGACCUGGCCCUGCGGCCCCCGCUGGCCCUCGCGGCCGCCGGGCCGCCCCGCCUCGGGCCCCCGCCUCGCCGGGUGCGCCGCUUCUCCGGGAAGGCUGAGCCCCGGCCGCGGGCUUCCCGUCCCGGCCGCCGCAGCUCGGUCGACCUGGGGCUGCUGAGCUCGUGGUCGCAGCCGGUGUCGCCCGUCCCGGAGCCCCCCGACCCCCCGGACGCCCCUGGUCCCGGCGCCGCGAAGAGCCCCCCGCCCAGCUCCGAAGAGCCCCCCGAGGGCAAGUGGCCCGGGGGAGCCCCGGGGAAGGCUGCGGAGUCCCCGCGCGCCGAGCUCUCGGGCCCGGCCGGAGUCUCGGGCGCCCGGGAAGCGCCGAGGGUCUCGGAAGCCGCGGCCAGGGAGCGGCAGCGGGAGCAGGAGGAGAAGGAGGACACAGAAACGCAGGCGGUCGCCACGUCCCCAGAUGGCCGAUACCUCAAGUUUGACAUCGAGAUUGGACGUGGCUCGUUCAAGACGGUGUAUCGAGGGCUGGACACCGACACCACGGUGGAGGUGGCCUGGUGUGAGCUGCAGACUCGGAAACUGUCUCGAGCAGAGCGGCAGAGAUUCUCCGAGGAGGUGGAGAUGCUCAAGGGGUUGCAGCACCCCAACAUCGUCCGCUUCUAUGACUCAUGGAAGUCAGUGCUCAGGGGACAGGUUUGCAUCGUGCUGGUCACCGAACUCAUGACCUCCGGCACACUCAAGACGUACCUGAGGCGCUUCCGGGAGAUGAAGCCCCGCGUCCUUCAGCGCUGGAGCCGCCAGAUCCUGCGGGGACUUCACUUCCUCCACUCCCGAGUCCCCCCCAUCCUGCACCGGGAUCUCAAGUGCGACAACGUCUUCAUCACAGGCCCCUCGGGCUCGGUGAAGAUCGGGGACCUGGGCCUGGCCACGCUCAAGCGCGCCUCCUUCGCCAAGAGCGUCAUCGGGACCCCGGAGUUCAUGGCCCCGGAGAUGUACGAGGAGAAGUACGACGAGGCUGUGGACGUGUACGCGUUCGGCAUGUGCAUGCUGGAGAUGGCCACCUCCGAGUACCCUUACUCCGAGUGUCAGAACGCGGCGCAGAUCUAUCGCAAGGUCACCUCGGGCACAAAGCCCAACAGCUUCUACAAGGUGAAGAUGCCCGAGGUGAAGGAGAUCAUCGAAGGCUGCAUCCGCACGGAUAAGAACGAGAGGUUCACCAUCCAGGAUCUGCUGGCCCAUGCCUUCUUCCGCGAGGAGCGCGGCGUGCACGUGGAGCUGGCCGAGGAGGAUGAUGGCCAGAAGCCGGGCCUCAAGCUCUGGCUGCGCAUGGAGGACGCGCGGCGUGGGGGGCGCCCACGGGAUAACCAGGCCAUCGAGUUCCUGUUCCAGCUGGGCCGGGACGCGGCUGAGGAGGUGGCGCAGGAAAUGGUGGCCCUGGGCUUAGUCUGUGAAGCCGAUUACCAGCCAGUGGCCCGCGCAGUGCGGGAACGGGUCGCUGCCAUCCAGCGGAAGCGUGAGAAGCUGCGAAAAGCCAGGGAGCUGGAGGCUCUCCCCCCAGUGCCGGGGCCCCCUCCUGCCACUGGCCCCCUGACCCCUGGUCCCCGCAGCAUCUUCUCCCCAGAGUCUGAGGAACCAGAGGCAGACCAGCAUCAGCCCUUCCUCUUCCGUCAUGCCAGCUACUCAUCGACCACCUCGGAUUGCGAGACUGAUGGCUACCUCAGCUCCUCAGGCUUCCUGGAUGCCUCUGACCCUGCCCUCCAGCCCCUUCGGGGGGUACCAUCCAGCCCCGCCGAGCCCCAUCUCCGCCUGCCCUCGGCAUUUGCCCUCUCAAUUCCUCGUGCUGGGCCUGGCAGUGACUUCCCCCCUGGAGACAGCUAUGCCUCCGAUGUAGCAUCGGGCCUCAGUGAUGUGGGUGAAGGGACCAUGUGCCGCAUGAAGAAGCCGCUGGGGAGAAACCUCCGGCGCCGACCCCGCUCCCGGCUGAGGGUCACUAGUGUCUCAGACCAGAGCGACAGAGUGGUUGAGUGCCAGCUGCAGACGCACAACAGCAAGAUGGUGACCUUCCGGUUCGAUCUCGAUGGGGACAGCCCAGAAGAGAUCGCUGCUGCCAUGGUGUACAACGAGUUCAUCCUGCCCUCGGAGCGAGCUGGCUUCCUGAGCCGAAUCCGGGAGAUUAUCCAGCGAGUGGAGACCCUGUUGAAGCGCGAUACUGGCCCUGUGGGCCCUGCUGAAGACACCCUGAGCCCCCAGGAGGAGCCAGGACCCCUCUGUACCCUCCCAGACCCCUCCAGUGAGCUGGCGUCCCUGGAGCAGAGGUGCUGGGCAGCCUUCUCCGCCUCCCCAUCUUCUCCGGGAACCCCCGUGUCUCCUGAAAACCCAUUUUCCCCUGGAACCCCUGCUUUCCCCAGCCCCAUGUUCCCCAUCACGUCUCCCCCAUGUCAGCCCAGCCCCUCUUCCUCCUCCUCAGUUUCUUCCCAGGCCUCCCCAAGUCUCUCUCCAUUCACGCCCAGCUCCCCAGGAAUAGCCCCAUUUCCGAUCCCACCCUCUCAAGCUCCCCAGAGCUCUCUCCUCCCCAGCUCUCCACCCCCUUUUUCUCCUGGUAGCACCCAGACCCCCCUGCCUCCGGCCUUUCCCAUGUGCACCCCCUCUUCCCUCCCCACCACCACAGCAGCCCCUCUCCUCUCUCUGGCCAGUGCCUUCUCUCUGGCGGUGAUGACCGUGGCCCAGUCCCUGCUGUCCCCCUCCCCCGGGCCCCUCUCCCAGUCUCCACCAGCCCCUCUGGGGCCCCUCCCCAGCCUGCCCCCGCCCCAUGCUCCUUGCAGCCCAGAGCGGCCUUCACCCCUGACAGCGGAGCCGGAGAGUGAGGCCACUCCAGACCCUGCUUGGCCACUUUUGGAUGAAGCUAGACUGGAGUCCAUCUCGGAAGAAGGGAAGCCCCAGCUCGUGGGGCGAUUCCAGGUGACUUCAUCCAAGGAGCCAGCUGGGCUGCCUCCUCUGCCGACACCCCCAGCGCUAUCGGCUUCCCUGAAGCCUGCAACCCCUCCGCUGUCCUCGGAGAGCUCUGACACAGAGGACAGCGCUGGCAGCGGGCCUGAGGCCCAGGAAGCUCUGGCUGAGAGUGACCGCACUACCGAAGGCCUGGGGGCUGGUGCCGAGGAAGAAGGGGCCGAGGGGAAGGAUCCCCAGGCAGAUGGUGGCACAGCCCUGGGCCACGUCAGCCCGGUGUGGAUGAACUACUCGUACAGCAGCCUGUGUCUGAGCAGCGAGGACUCGGAGAGCAGCGGAGAGGAUGAGGAGUUCUGGGCUGAACUGCAGAGCCUCAGGCAGAAGCACCUGUCAGAGGUGGAGGCACUGCAGAGCCUCCAGAAGAAGGAAAUUGAGGACCUGUAUAGCCGGUUGGGGAAGCAGCCCCCGCCAGGCAUCGUGGCCCCCGCCGCCAUGCUGUCGAGCCGCCAGCGUCGACUCUCGCUGUCCAAGGGCAGCUUUCCCACUUCCCGACGCAACAGCCUGCAGCGCACAGAGCCCCCUGGCCCGGGCCCCGGCAUCAUGCGAAGGAAUUCCCUGAGUGGCAGCAGCAGUGGCUCCCAGGAGCAGCGGGCAAGCAAGGGGGUGACCUUCGCCGGGGAUGUUGGCAGGAUGUGAAUGCAGAACAGAAGCCAUAUGUCUCCCCCACACCAGGGGCCACCACGGAGCUCGUGCUGACUGAGCCAGCUGCGCCCGGAGGGUUCCAGCACUGAGGGAGUAGCCAGCCGGCUAGAGGCAAAGAGGGCUGCACCAGGCCAGCGAGAGCCAAACCUCGGGAACUACCUGCUGAGAGCAGCUGCUGUCAGAUCUGCUGCCCUGCCAACUUCAGCCUGGCCCUCCCCACCAAGGGUCAACCACUAAGCGAUCCCCACCCAAGCCCAGAUGCUUCUAGAGGGCACACUCCCAGCUGGGCAGGUGGUUGUUCUCACACCGGGAUUAGCAGCAGCCAAUAAAAAUGCUGGAGAG